AUGGCAGGCACGCUACCACCCCUGUUUCCCAUCUCAGAUGAUGAUCACAGUGGGUAUGUCGCCGUCACUGUGUACACUUUGUUAAGUCUGACGGUGGCCACUGUUUUUGUGCGACUUUUUACAAGAUGGUACAUUGCAAGGGCUGUCUACUCGGAUGACAUCUUGCUUGCAGGAGCCACGGGACUGGGAAUUAUCCAGAGCGCGCUUGUUCAAUUAGCCAUCGACCAUGGACUCGGCAAAAGGAUAAACGUGGUUUCGACCAACGACUUGACUUCUUUCGACAAGUACAUCUACGGAACGCAGAUCCUCCUUCUUGCAACCGUCACUUGCAGUAAAUUCUCCCUCGCAUUCCUUUUCCGCAGUUUGACGGCCCAGGGCAACGUCUUGCGGCUGAGCCAGGGCUUGAUGGUGGUAAUUGGGUUAUGGGCAUCUUCCUCGAUCGUGGCUCUGGCAUUCCAAUGCGCUCUGCCUCAUCCGUGGGACACCACAGGCCGUUGUGUCAAUCGAGAAGCACUCGCAAAUUACAUCUGGGCUAUGAAUAUUAUUACCGACGCAGCACUGGUGUUCCUUCCCUGUGUCGUGCUCCAGAAAGUCCAGAUCAGCAGGUUGAAGCGACUCCGCAUCAUGGCCAUGCUCGCCAGUCGGUUAAUUGUGUGUGUUGCAACCGGAAUCCAAAUGCACUACGUGAAUAUUGCAAUUAGUUCGCCUGACCGGACAUGGACAAACAUCGACUCCACAAUAUGGGCCCAAGUGAUGAUGAACCUCAGCAUCAUCACCACCGCCAUUCCAUCGCUUGGCCGCCUCAUGAUCGAACUCCAACCGAGUCACAAUGCAUUCGCUAUCACUGAGCGCCAUGGUUUCUCAGCUGACAAAUAUGCCAUCUCGUCUCUUUCCGGCACCUUUGGCUGGGAACUCAUGCAUCGGUCCAUGGGCAACGUCAGGCGCAGAAAGGCGAUUCCGAAAGCACCCAAGGCUUAG